CUUUUAUUGUGAGAGCUUUUUGUUUUUUUCAAAUGCUUGCUUAUUUAUUUAUUUAUUCCUUUACGGUAUUCAUUCUUUAAUUCAUCUAUUAUCAUACUAAAAAUGUUGUAGUUUGUAAUUGUAAUUGUCGUUUACAUCGUGUAUAUAUAUAUAUAUACAUAUAUAAAUUGAUCUAUUUUUACUGUGUACCUGCAUAUAGCUUCCUUCCCAUCUCAUCAUAUAAAUUUAUUUUUCAUACCAAUUAUUUAUUUACUAUACAAAUCAAUCAUAUCACUACUAUCCAAUUAACACCCCCCAAUAUGCCUUCAACAUUAUCUACUGAUAUCUUAGUUGAUCCAUCAGUUGAUAAUGACGAUAUAGAAUCAAUAACCCAUCAACCCCCACUUAAAAGGCAAAAACUAGAUCAAUCCCAUAAGAUCAUCACAGAUGUCACUACUAAUACUAAUGAUCAAAGUAUAGAUUGUGAUGUUGAUAUUGAUAAACUCUUUAAUGAAAUGACAGCAUCUAUCCCAUCCCCUAAUGAUAAUGAAGAUGGGAAAUUAGAUGAUGAAAUUAAUCGAGUCUUAUCCACUCUUAAUGACUUUAAUGAACAUAUACCAAUCCCAACCCAACAAGAAGCUGAAGAACAGACUUCAUCAUUUCCAUCUCAAUUCCAUGAUUUACUCGAACCUCUUACAUCCACAUCAUCAAUUAAAACUGGCAGUGGAUUGGAAACUGAUAAUGAAGGAAGAUCCCCCUUUGAUUCUGUGGUUGAUGGUACUAAUCAAACUGAUGAAUCAAAUACUACCGUAUUUAAUGAAGGAAAUGAACCUCACCUCGAGACUAAAAUCAAUGUUAAUACUGUUAUGACUAUCAAACAAUCGAUGAUCAAUACUUCGAAAUUAAUUUCAUUAUUCACUACUUUAAAAAUGACAUAUUUAAAAUUAUGUAAAGAAUUUAAUUAUUUAUUACAAAAAUUUAAUCAGAAUGAAACGAUUAAAAUUGAAUUAAUUCAUGAAAAUAAUGAAUUACGGAAAUUAUUAAUGGAAAUUAUUAAAGAUCGUGAAAUUGAACGUAAAGAUUUAAAAGCCAAGAUUGUUCAAUUAGAGUUAUUAAAUAAGAAGUCAAUGGUGGUUAACGUGGAAGAAGUUUCUUCGUAAGCUUUUAACGUUCCUUACCAUUCAGCAUUCAACAUUAGCAUUAUACAUAUAUAUAUAUACAUACAUACAUAGACACAUACAUAGGUGACAUCUUAGAUGGAUACUUUUAGCAUACUUAAUUCAU